AUGGUAAGGAAGCCUGCAUCAUCAUUGUAUCACCACAUUUCAAGUGUUAAACCCACUUUUAUGACCCGUGUGGAUGAUGUCUUGCAUUUUGCAAAAACAAUUACUUUUAGAAGUGAGAUUAUUCCAGACAAGAAAAAGAAAACCCUGACUACAAGCUUAUUGUACUCGCAAGGAAGCGAUAUAUAUGAAUUAGAAUGUGUACUACCACUCAAUUCAUUUUACAAGGAUCAACCAAACGGUAGUGGGAAAAUUGCAGAUGAAAACGAGGAGAUAAGCAUACCCAAUCGUAAAUAUGGAGAAGCUUUCAAGGAUAUUGAGGAUAAAAAAUUAUCUCCUAACUGGGUUUACUCGGGAGAAACUGUUUCAAAAAUUAGCUAUUUGGAUAGUUCUGAUGAUAGUACUAUUAUUGCCAUGUCUAAGAAUGGUUCUCUAGCUUGGUUUAGAGAUGGAAUUAAAGUGCCAAUUCAUAUCGUUCAAGAAAUGAUGGGACCAAUGACAAGUUAUGCAGCCAUUCAUUCUCAUGUUAGACCAGAUGAUUUAGCAGUAUCUGAUUUUGGUUUAAAUGUCAAUUUAGACACUUUGGUCAAAUCUCAAAGUAACGGUACAGAAGAAGAUAGUAUUUUGAAAAUUAUUGAUAAUUCUGGUAAACCAGGCGAUAUAUUGCGUACUAUAAAAGUUCCAGACACGACAGUAACACACACAGUAAGGUUUUUUGAUAACUAUCUAUUUGGAACAUGUUCAGAUGAUAAUACAAUAAGAUUUUGGGAUACAAGAACAUCUGAAAAACCGCUGUUCGUAUUAACACAACCAAAAAACGGUAGAAUAACUUCUUUUGACACAUCACAAAUCACAGGAGAACUAUUUGUAACGGGGACUUCCACAGGCGUUAUCAAAUUAUGGGAUGUUCGUGCUGUAGAAAAUGCUACAACUGAUUUAACAUAUAGACAAAAUGGUGAAGAUCCUAUACAAAAUGAAUUGGUCUCUUUAUACCAUUCUGGAGGAGAUUCGGUGGUUGACGUACAAUUUUCUGAAACUUCAUCAUCUGAAUUCCUAACGGUUGGUGGCACCGGUAACGUUUACCAUUGGGAUAUGGAAUAUUUUUUCUCUAGAAAUGAUGACGAUAAUGAAAAGGGCAAUGCAAAGGACAACUCAAACGUUCCAGCACCAGAAGAAUUACAAGGACAAUGCUUGAAGUUUUUCCAUACUGGAGGUAGUAGAAGGUCAAUGGCACAAUUCGGUAAGAAGAAUACUGUAGCAUGGCACCCUAUUGUGGACAAUCUGAUUGGAACAGUCGAUGUAGAUAGUUUGGUCAGCGUUUACAAGCCUUUUACUCUAAGCGAGUUCGAUCUAUAA